AUGAAGCUCACCUCUGCCCUCGGCGCCCUUGGCGCCUCGAACCUGCUGUUCGCAAGUGUGGGCGCGGUCGACCUGGAUAUUAGCUCCCCAGACUCCAUCAAGCAGACCGCCAAGUCACUCUCCGCGAACUUGCGCAAGUACUACACCGGUGACAACCCAGGCGACACACCAGGCAAUCUCCCAGAUCCAUACUACUGGUGGGAAUGUGGCGCCAUGUUCAAUGCCUUCGUUGACUACUGGUACUACACCGGUGAUGACCAGUAUAACAAAAUCACCACCCAGGCUCUAGAAGCCCAGAUCGGAGUGAACGCCAACUACAUGCCUGAUAACCAGACCAAGACGCUCGGAAACGAUGACCAAGCUUUCUGGGGCAUGGCCGCCAUGACGGCUGCAGAGAACAAGUUUCCUGAUCUUCCCGAUGGCAAGCCUUCUUGGCUGUCGCUUGCACAAGCCGUCUUCAACACCCAAUACAAGCGUUGGGACUUGUCGACUUGCGGUGGUGGUUUGAGGUGGCAGAUCUUCAGCUUCAACCAAGGUUACAACUACAAGAACACCAUUUCGAACGGUUGUUUCUUCAACAUCGCCUCGCGACUUUACAAAUACCUCGGUAACCAAACCUACGCUGACUGGGCUGAGAAGGCUUGGGAGUGGGAACUUUCGGUAGGACUUAUGAGCCCGGACUACCACUACUACGAUGGAACGGACGACACGCAGAAUUGCUCAACCAUCAACCAUAUCCAGUGGACGUACAAUGCUGGCAUUCACAUGGCCGGUGCUGCUGCCAUGUGGAACGUGUCACAGGACGAAAAGUGGAAGACGCGUGUCCAGGGUGUCAUUGACGGUAUCGACGUUUUCUUCAAGGACAAGGUCAUGUCUGAAGUCGCCUGCGAGAACAACGGCAAGUGUGACGUAGACCAGCGUUCCUUCAAGGCCUAUCUUGCACGUUCCAUGGCAUACACAGCCAGUGUCGCACCUUGGACCCGCGAACAGAUUGACCCUUACCUCCAGGCAUCCGCUCAGGCCGCGGCGAAGCAGUGCAACGGAGGUGAUCAACAGACUUCCUGUGGGCUCAAGUGGACCACAAAUGGAGUGAACGACGGCAGCUUCGGUGUUGGUGAGCAGAUGGCGGCCAUGGAAGUCGUACAGGCGCUGCUCUACCCGUCUACCAGCGGUCCUGCGACUGCCGAGAAGGGUGGUAUCUCCAAGAGCAACCCCGAUGCUGGCAACGACGAUAAGAGUGAUGAUCCCAUCAAGUUUGAUGUCGUGACCACUGGCGACAAGGCCGGUGCUAGCAUCCUGACUAUCCUCGUGUUGGUUUCCAUUGUCGUCGGCGCCUGGUGGAUGGUGUCAUAG